AUGUCCAAGGCAGGAGAGAGAACAACAUCUACCACUUCUGCAGAAUCCACGUCAACAGAUGGUAAAAGUGGAGCAGCCUCAUCCGAAACGACACCAACAGGGUCGGUGUCGGAGACGCCGAAGAAGUCCUCCAAAAAGUCCAAGAAGAGCAACGAGAGCAUGAACAAAGUCUACAACUCUGUGCUCAAUAGUGUUUUUGGGGCUGAAAGAGAAUUAGCUCAAGGUGAAUUAGACGAGCUGCAAGAAGCCUUCAAGGAGUUUGACUACGACCAAGAUGGUUACCUGAACUACAAAGAUGUAGCUGAAUGCAUGAGAACUAUGGGCUACAUGCCCACAGAAAUGGAGCUGCUGGAGAUUGUGCAGCAGAUCAAAAUGAGGAUGGGUGGACUCAUGGACUUUGAAGACUUCACUGAACUCAUGGGACCCAGAAUGAUGGGCGAGACCGCCGACAUGCUGGGACUUAAAGAACUCCAGUCGGCGUUCUUACAGUUUGACCUGGAUGGAGAUGGGAAGAUCACCCAGGACGAGAUGAAGGAAGCGGCGAAAGGUCUGCUAGGGGAGAAGCUGAAGAAAGGAGAACUGGAGGAGAUCCUUAAGGAGUUGGACAUCAAUGCGGAUGGAAACAUUGACUUCGAAGAAUUUGUUAUGAUGCUCUCCAUUCGCUAA